GCGUUCACGAGAGUGCGUGGACAGCUGAGCACAAACCCGGGCAAAUCAAGUGGUUGCUUAAACCUCAAGCGAGGGGAUUUACCAGAUCAACGAGUCUUUAAGGCACUGGAUGGUGAGGGCAGGCGUGCUUCACCCAGUUUUGCAACCAACGGAGCGAAGAAGGGGACAGUGGGCGAGAGAGGAUGUCGAUUCAAAGAUGCACCCGGUGAGAAAAGAUGAGGAAGGGACCACCGGCUCCGAAUCGAAAAACUCUGGUCUCUCACUCAGCGCAGCAGCAGCACAAGGGACCGUAGCUUCCUUUGGGGUUGGGGCGGGGGGAAUGGCCAGAAAAAAAGGUACCAGUGUCUGCCCACCAAAACCUUUGGGGGUAAACAAAGCGGGGCAGAUCGCUUGGGGCGGUCAGGAACCCGAGGUACAGGUACCUCAAGGCGCCAAGGGAGUUAGCACCUGCGAGCUCGGGGUCUCAAUUCGUCUGAACAACCAGACACCACGCUACGCUCCUGCACCUUGGCCGCAAAGAUACCCGAUUGCGACAGUGACGGGAUGCCUGACGAAUUUUCUUGUUUCUUUUCUAUCUGGCAUCAAGGAUGUGUUUAAUCUCUAUCCCGUAAUGUCAUUGCCCGAUUCACUGUCGUCUCCGUGAAGGAACUCGGACGGCGUUGGGGAUCAUACCUAAAUCCACCGACUCUCUUUUGUCCAUACACGGUAUGCGAGUGCUCGCCGAUGCCGACAUCCCGAGG